AUGGCAAAUGCUGAUACAGACUUUGGUAAGGCUUGUUCAUUUGCAAAUGCUAAACGAAAGGAAUUAUCCGAAGAGGUAAAGCCUGAAUAUCGGGAAGAGCAUGCGCAUAUUGUACCUGAAAUAAUAGAAGGCAAGUCAAAACAGUCAUCAGCAAGCGAUGUUUAUGCUUUAGGGAGAGUUGUUUUAAAGGUUGGGGAGUUUUGUAAGUGCGAGCAGAUUAUCAUGCCAACCAAGUCAGUAGCGUAGCCAGCCCGACUAUUUGGUCCCGCUAUGCAAAUAUUUUCAUGUUCAUUGACUGUGAAAACAAUCAAUUUCUAAAGAAAUUAAUAAUGAUAAUAAUUUUGAAUUUGCAUAGCGGGACUAAAUUGUCGGGCUGGCUACGCCACUGAACCAAGUCAUGUUUGAACGAUAUAUUUAAGAGAUGUACGCAUAUAGUAAUACAUUCAUCAUAGAAGAAUGUGAAAUAUUGCCGAAAAAACCGUUAGCCACCAUCACAGAACGCACAAAUUCAUCUGAUAUAUAAGCACAUAGUAAACACUUAAUACAUUUUGUUGCUCUGCAAUAAAUAUUAAAUUUUAUUGACACAUUACGUUUGAAUGAUUUUUGUUACAGAAAUUUAUUUGAACAACUAUAUAGAUAGUGAUUUAAAGAAGAGCGCGUGUAAAAAUCUAUAGAACAGUAUAAAUCACAGACUUUUGUUAUAAAUAUGUCAUUCUGGGCGUCAUGCUGCUAAGUCAUCGCCAACUAUUUCGGCCACGUGUAAAACAUUCAGGUCAGCGGGUUUCUCUAUUAAUGGGAUACACUUGGUGUAAUAGGAAAGAGAAAAGUAAAAAAUGUAAGUACGAAAUAAAUAGGUAAAAUGUUUCCCUAUAUAUUUUCAGCUUUUACUACAUAUUUAUCAAUUAAUUUUCUAUUUAUUUUUGUCCAGGACCACGAAUAUCUCAUCAAGUGGGAUGGCUGGCCGCAGGAGUGUUGUAGUUGGGAGCCUUCACUUGAGGUUAUUAUGGACUAUUUAAUAGUAUUUAUGUAUUUCGCUAAUCUUAGUAUUUGA